UCCCACCAUGCCUGCGGGGAUGAAACCUCUGGAGAAGUUCCUGAAGAAGCAGACCACGGCGCUGACCCGGGCUGGGGGCUUCGUCGGCGGGGUGGCAGAUAAAGCCGGCGGCACCGGGGCGUCCCGCCGCAGGGCCAGCCUGUCCCGGGUCGUCCCGUUCUUCAGGGAGACGUCACCGGAGAGCGGCCAGGCUCGCGAGGUGUUCAGCCCUGACAGUGAGGACCCGCCCUCCUGGCCCUCAGCCACAGGGACCGGUGUAGUGACUGCCCCCAGCAAUGCUAAUGGCUCCGGCUCUGGUUCGGGGUCCGGUUCUGGUUCUGGAGGAGGAGACGUCCGCAGCCCGUCUCUGUCCAGUGACGAGCAGAGCUCUGAGGCGAGCCUCAUCACGGAUGGGGGAGGAGGAGGAGGGGGGACACCUGUUCAUGCCGAUACCCCGGAAAACCUGACGCUCGCCGUGCUGGACAGCGUGGUGGGAAAACGCUUCGGACACUGCAAAGAAACGCUCCUGGAUGACUUUAUGUUGACACAUCCCAUCUUCCUGGCGGCGGACAGGCUCCAGCAGGUCCUGCUGCAGCAAUUCAGCGUGGAGGGAGAUGGAGGAGGGAAGGAGGGGGAGGCGGAGGGGUGGAGGAGAGAGGGAGGAGGGAGAGGAAGAGGGGGGGAGAGGGAAGGAGAGAUGGAGGGAGCGAUGGACGGAGCAGAGAGGAAGCAGGCGGUGCUGACGGUGGCGUUUCGAUACCUGGACACCUACAGAGAGCUGCUGCAGGAGGAGGGCGAGCGCAGCAACAGCUUCCCCAAGCUCUGACGAGGAGAAGGAGAGCAGGAAGAAGCAGGUGCGCCCUCUGUUCAGACACUUCAGACGCAUCGACGCCUGCCUGCAGCCCAGAGAGGCCUUCAGAGGCUCCGACGAGAUCUUCUGCAGGGUGUACACUCCGGAUCAUUCCUACGUCACCAUCAGGAGCCGUCUGUCCUGCCGGGUUGGAGAGAUUCUGGCUCUGGUCAAAGAGAAGCUCCAGUACAGCGAAGACCAGCCAGUCCUGCCGGGAAACCUCAUACUGGUGGCCGUGACGUCAGCCGGAGAGAAAGCCGUGUUUCGUCCCAGCGACGAGGCCGUCUUCACCACGCUGGGAGUCAACACUCACCUGUUCGCCUGCGAACCCUCCGAACUCGACUCACUGCUUCCUCUUCCUGAGGAGAUCCACUGGACGCCGGGCGACAGUAAACUCCACGACAUGUCAGCAGAGGAGGUGGCCAAUCAGCUGGUGGUGUUCGACUGGGAGCUCUUCAGCUGCGUGCACGAGGUGGAGUUUGUGUGUUACGUGUUUCACGGAGAGCAGUCACGCUGGCGCCCCCUGAACCUGGAGCUGGUACUGCAGCGGUGCAGCGAGGUGCAGCACUGGGUCGCCACGGAGAUCCUGCAGUGUCAGUCGCUGCCGAAGAGGAUCCAGCUGCUCCGCAAGUUCAUCAAGAUCGCAGCGCUCUGUAAGCAGCAGCAGGACCUGCUGUCCUUCCUCGCCGUGGUUCUGGGUCUGGACAACCCGGCCGUCAGCAGGCUGAGGCUCACCUGGGAGGGUCUGCCGGGGAAGUUCAGGAAGCAGUUUCAGCAGUUUGAAAGCAUCGCGGACCCGUCCAGGAACCACAAGUCCUACAGAGACCUGAUCACCAGCCUGAGGCCUCCGCUGAUCCCCUUCACUCCUCUGCUGCUCAAAGACUUGACGUUUCUUCACGAGAGCUGCAAAACGUUUCACGGUGAACUCGUCAACUUUGAGAAGAUGCACAAAGUGGCCGAGAUGGUGAGGAACAUCAGACGAUACAGGAGCAGCCAGCUAGCCAUAGAUACGGAGAUGUCUCCCUCCCACCUGCAGACCAAGGCCUACGUGCGGCAGCUGCAGGUGAUCGACAACCAGAACCUGCUGUUCGACAUGUCUUGCAAGCUGGAGCCCAAAGACACAUAGAGGGAGGAAGGUGGAGGAGGAGGAGGAGCUGAGGACGUCAGAGGGAGAGGAAGACAGGACGCCAAGCCUGGACGCUUCAGUCCUCCUCCUCCUCCUCAAACAACACUACAGAGGACUCGAGCUGCGGGUCCAGACUUCACGUUCGUUUACACCCUCAGAGGAGUUCUGCUGGGACCCUUCCAGGGACCGGCAGUCCUUGCUCUGCACUCAGAGGCCAUUUACCCCUAAAAAGUGGGAAUUCUCAUUCACAGGAACGUUCAGGAAGCUUUCAGGACUGAAAGGAUUUGGAAAACGAUUAAAAGUAAAAAUAAAGAAAAAGCAGAUCUCGCGAGACGAGUAUUCGUGAGCCCAGACCAUCCAGAACCUGAAGCCUAAACCCAACAACUGUCCUGCAUCAGCACGACACUUUGAAGCUGGAGCUGCAGUCAGUCAUUUCAAAGCCCAAACACCAAAAUUCAAACCUCAGUUUAUCUGUUUAGUGGACGUCCGAGCGCCGCGGCACGAAACCCCCGAGUGCUCAUCGAGCCAAACAUUUAAAUGUGAAAUCAAAUCAGAGUAACCUGUAAAUCAGAAAGCGCUGAAACCAUACGUGGAGAGAGAAACUCCAAACACGAGUCGGGACUGAAUGCUCUCCGACUCCAGGCUCCGCCUCCUGCUUUUCCUCCUGUGGCACUCGACCACUCAGAUUGCAGACAAUCUGACGGCUGACCUUCAGCCGCUGUGAGCGCCUAAGACGGCGAGAGUAAAGACGUUCCAGGUCUCAGAGCGCCUCGACCACGUGAAAUGAGCAGAAGUGUGGAGCUGACAAUGGCGGCGCUUCUUUAACAGCCAUCUUGGAUUCUUCAGCUCUGAGAUCCACGAGCGUCCACAGGCUGAGGAGCAGCUGCAGGUGUGGACCCGGUGAAACCGGAGCAGCUCUCCUGCAGGUGGAACUGGUCCAGUUUUCCAAACUCCCGCAUACGAGUUUGGAUCUCGUGCAUUUCAUCGAGUUUUCUGUCAAAGUCAGCCACUUUCUCUCACAUCAGAGCUUUCCAGAACAUUCCUGAACACACCGGACUCUGAUGAUGCAUUCACUGACCAUGUCAGACACACCACGGACACUGUGUGAGGUCAUCGCGGUGCGUUCGAGGACGUGUAGAUGCUGGUUUUCUACCGUACGACUCCGGAGAGCUCCUUGUUGUUUCUGUUUCAGGACUUUGAUGAAGGUCAGCGCCCGUCAGCUUUUACAGGACCACGCCCGUGUUUUUAAACCUCUCGGCUGUCGCUCAGCUGAACGUGGGAAUGGGGUCUGUUUCAGGUUCAGUUCUGUUCACUCUGAGGCUCUUAUACUGAAAGGGUUUCUAGCGGCUACAGUCUGAUCUGAGAGCAGAUGAAAUGAACCAGUAAAACCAGUGUGUUUUGAGCAGUGCAGACAGGUCAAAGUCCAAAUCUGUAAUCAGGCUGAGGUGCAGACAAAGUAGAGACAUGAGGAAAACCUGAGGAAUAAAAGCAGCAGGAAAUAAAACAGAAGUGACUGCGACACUUAAAGAUGAGCGGCUCUUACAAAGGUCGUGUUCCAGUGACGCUCGAGGAGCAACCACAGUGUUUGUCCUCAUGCUGCUUUAUGACCGACGUCUUUUCGUGUCAUUAAUUCAGAUUUUCAGUCGUUGUGAUGUAAAAAGGAGGUUUGAGCCUGUUCGUGACGCUUAACUGCGAAACUUCAGUGAAGUGUGAAGUUGCACAUCAAACUAACAAUCCUCUGAUUCUCUGAACAAAAGUGAUUCACACCGAUCGAUGGAAGGUUUUAGGGUUAAAAUACUUCAAGCAUCAUUAAAUCUUGAAUAAUUCAUCUCGCAUUAAUCGAGCGGUCUUGGCGGCUCUGGCGCAACGUCGCGCUUCGUGGUGAUUUCUCAGUGUGUGGCGGCGUUUUGUCCGGUUAAACUGAGGAUAGGUCCCACCGGUGACCGGAGCGCUCUUACGACGAUUAACAGUGUGCGUCACAAACCUGCGUCCACACCAGGUUCACUCACUAGCCGCAGGUUUUACUUAUCUUUGGGCGAGCUGAUUCUGGCCCUCGGGCCGUAUGUUUGACACCGUGCUGUAAAACCUGAAGUUGGUACGAUGCUCGGAGUUGAUCAGGUUCUUUCUCUCUACCCAGAAUGCACCUCUCCUCUGAGGGUCGGGAAUCCUUCGAGCUGAAGGAAAACACGGGUCUGGUCCUUUAAGAACGCUGCUGGUCGUUGGCUGAUUGGACUGAUGAUCACGUGACAGCCGAUCGGCUGCGCUCAUGCCGAAGUCACGGACAGAGAGAAGUGGGCGGAAACACUUCUUCGCUCAACGCUUGGAUCUAACUGCUGUCACACCGACCAACCAAUCGGUUUUAAGGAAGGACCCCUGACCGCCCCCGCCCCCACAGAGCUGCCCUCCCUUCGGUUGACUCGGCGCAUCGGGGUGGUCGGGGUCCACGGCAAUAAGAGUAGUGGCGGGAAGCGAAGCCGGUCGGUCAGCGCAUGGCGUCAACGAAGCACUUUGGCGAACCUCAGGGCUCAGAGACACACAGAGGUUUUGUUUACUCCUUUUCUUGCUUUCAGUAGAGUUCAGUUCAGUUGUGUUGCAAUUGGUUGGUUCUGUGUUUGUACAGCUGAUCACACUUCGGUCAUAUUUACUCCAACAAUAAUAAUAAUAAUAAUAAUAAUAGAAUCUACAGAGCUGUUGUUUUUAUGCUGUGAGCACCGCCAGGCCUGAGCGCAGACGUCAAAGAGCCGCUCACCUGACAGCAAAGAAGAAGAAAGUCAGUCUGAAGUCCUUCUGCUCGAUUUUUAAUGGCCUGCGGGUCAGGUGGUACAGAAGGUUAGACCCUGGACAGGUUAGACCCUGGACAGGUUAGACCCUGGACAGGUUAGACCCUGGACAGGUUAGACCCUGGACAGGUUAGACCCUGGACAGGUUAGACCCUGGACAGGUGUGGCAGAGAGCUGACGUCGCUCAGCUGGUUCGGCUACUCCAUCGUAUACCGCCCGCCGCUCUUUGCCCACAGAGUGAAUGUCCUACGUGUCCUCUGUGGGCCUCCGUAGGCGGGCUGUCCGAAGCACACCUUGCCGACCGUGACCUGCUUCACCACAGUGUGGCGCUGUCAUGUUUCGGAGUGGUUUUUUUUCUGGGGUCAGGACUGAUGUGUGCAGGAAAAAACCUGCACAAGGUUUUAGGAGUCGAGACAAAAGGACAAAAGGCUGCCGCCUUCUUCUUUCUUCAGUUCACGUCGAGUUUUUAAAAAAUCUGAUUCCCAGGAAAAGACUUCCAGACGUCCGUGCUCGCGUCUCUCGGCCGAAUCCUCGAUUGUGAGGACAGUCUCAGUGAUCUGAGGCGUGUCUCAUUUUGCCUCUGUCUCCUUUUUCUGAUCCGGACACUUUUUGUUGCUUUCCCUUAUCGCCUGGACCCUUUCAGGGGACCGUAACAAAAUCAUCAAGUUCACAGCAUCCUUCAGUCUGAACAGAAGGUUGUUGGAGAUGGAAGACGUUCGGGAGCUGGAAGUCUUUUCCUGCUGCGUCAUCACGUUUUUCUUUGACUCGGUCUGAUGAGCCCGAUCUCUUUGUUGGACUGAAGCUUCGCUGCGUCAGGGCGGCUCAGCUGAAAACGUGUAAAUGGUUUGAAAACGUUCUUUGUGCUCAGCUCUGGUGGUCAGUGAGACUUCUUCAUUCUCCAUCUGUACCAUAACAUCCUGUUUAUGAAAGCGAGGCCGGUCCCGUCCAGAAACGAGUCCUCAGCACAGCCCAGAGCUGCUCGUACCUCUGUGAGUCCCCUUCACUUAAACCGGGCUUUUGGGAAGAACCUGGUGGUUUAAGCACUGAGUAAAGCCUCAUUUUCACUCGUCAAAUUGAGGCUUUUAGUCCCAGCUUGACCGUGCAGGUUACUUGAUUCUGGACCGGACGAGAGCUUCAAAACGUCUUCAGCUCAACAAGACCUUUUAUCCGAUAUGGAGCUCCGAGGAAUGCAAGUUUGAAUUUUCAGGAACACGUUUGUGUUUCCCAAACAAUGAGACAGAAAUCCAGAUUGAAGACUUCAAAAAGUUAAUUUGAGGUUUAAGUCAAACUCUGAAUUUCACUAUUUGAGAGAUAAAAAUUUUACAAGGAGUCCAAAUGUCCAACAGCAAACCCAAGAAAGCAAGUCUGACUAAAGCUUCAGUGCUUUUUCAUGGCUUCAGUAAAGGCAUAAACGACAGGAGUUGAGGUGGCCUGCAAAGUGGCUUGCAGAUUUGCAGAAACUACUGGUCACUGUAGGAGAACAGGCGGUGUGCUGGGAUAGCUAUCUGAGCCUGAACGUUAUAUUCAGUCGUUCUCACUCGUCAGAAAUCAGAGCCAGACAAAGUUCGCAGGUUUGUUUCAGUUCCCCAGAAAACAAGUUUUAAAUUCAAAUACUCAAAUUAGAAAUUCAAGUAGAACCUAAACGCUGCCGUUUGAGUCUCAACUUCCAAGAAAAUGAGUUUUAAACUGAAGAAAUUUGAAGUUCAAUGGAUGAUGACUCCAAAUUCGCAAGUGUGCUCUCUCAGUCUCGAAUCCCAACAGCAACACGUUCAACGUUUGAACUAUAAAAUGUUCCCAAAAAUCGGAGGUCCAGAGCAGCUCCCUGUGAUUUGCGUUGUUCCCUCCAGAGUUGAAGAACUCUUUAUUUGAUAUUAAAGGUCUUGUCGAGGCGGCGACGUUAGCGGCGGUUUUGGCGGGUACAAAGUGUGAAACCCAGCGAAGAUUACUAUUAGAUCAUCACUAGUCUGCCGGUGGCUCUCUCAGGACCACUUCCUGGGUGUCAGGCGCUCUAUCGUGGAUCCCACCGUCAUCCCCGGCAGAAACGGAUGUCCCGAAUCUCGACUCUACCCUGAUUUAAGCAAACCUCAUCUCGCACAUUUCCGAUCUCACAACCUCCUGCGGCAAACCUUCCUGUUUCACUGACCAAUCACGGUUUCUGCCUGCACUUCGCUGGGAUCCAUGAUUCUGGAAGGCGGGCGGCCUCUUGGGUCGAGGCCGUCUAUGCUGUCGCCUGAACAAAAACACUGAAAAAAUUAAAGUGUACAUAUUGCAUCCGUGUAAAUAGGAAAAUACUAACGGAGACUAUAUUUUAUGUAUGAGCGGAGAGAGAGCAGCACUAACUCAAGGAGAAACUUUAAUUUGGUGUUUUCUAUUUGUAAAAGUGAGAUAAAGUGUAAAGUGAUGACAGAAAGAAAUGAUUCUGACUUUAUGAAUUGUACAGUUAACGCCUCAGUUUGACCGUUCUGUUGUUUUCUAUCUAAAGCUUUGGGUUCUUUUUGUUUCUUCUUUUUUUGUACAUAAGUGGUUGUUUACAUCGAUAACAAGUCCUUAUUUCUGUGACGUCAGACAGACGAUGUCAGUGGAGCAGAGGUCUGAUGGGGGCGGGGCUCGGAGGGAUGGCAUCGUAACACAAAACACUCAAAGAUUUUCAUGUAUGGUUAAACAGCACUUUAAUAAUAAUAUAAAAAUAAUAAAAUAUGACAUUUGCAGUUUUACAGGAAAAAAUGUAAUCGUUAGAUUUUAUUUUAGAUUUCCAGAAAUAAGAGAACAACAAUAAAAAGAAUUUGAUUUCAAGAAUGAAGUUUUUCUGUUACAACUGUCUCUGAUCGUUUUAAAAAGUCAAUGUCACAUGAAGUUUGUAUAAUAAGAAACAUUAUUAAUAUUAUAAAUAUUAAUUUGUGGAACUUCUGAGAAUAGGUUGAAAGUGUCUAAGAUUUUCUCAGGGUUCAAUAUCAUGAGAUAAAUAAAUGAACUUUAUCACAUUACAUGAAAAAAGUCAUUUUAAAAAAGUUUUAUUACACAAAGUAAUUUUAAGCUGAAAAUUAGCUUUCAUUUUUUGUGAGUUUUAUAAUUAUCAUAACUAAUAAUUAUGCAAUUUAAUGAUUUAAAACGUCACGUUCUAAUACAGUGGUCCCUCGCUGUAACGCAGUUCACCCGUCGCUGCUUUGUUUCUCUUCUUCUUUUACAGCACCUUCUGUGUCCUGAUUGGCUGUAGACCACUGCCAAUCACUCUCCUCCGUGCCGUGUCUCCUGUACAGGGUUCAGCUUGUCACAUUUACAUAGAUCUUCAGUCCCAGCAGUGUGACUCUGCGGUGCUGUACUGUAUGUUUGUUUUCUCCCCAACAAACACAAAGGCUCCUGCGCGAGCACCCAGAAGGCAGCGAAGAUGCUAACCAUCGGACAAAAAGUUGGACUUCUGGACAGGCUAAAGGACGGUGGAAGUUACCGUAUUUUUCUGAUUAUAAGGCGCAUUAAGCGAAACAAAACAGUCAGAAAAGUCAAACUUUACUCAACUCGUUCUUGCUUCCUCCACUUCCGUACUAUUGAUUCAUUAAUGCUGAUUCUGUGGCAGCUGCUCUGUUCCUGUUUUCUGGACCUGAAAAGAGGCUUUGAAAACAUUCUGGAAUGCUGGACUUAUUUUUCUACAAAGGUUUGAACUUUCAGAGUGUUUAAACAAGAGAAAAGUGUGAAAAGUUGGCUACUUAGAACGUAACUCCUGCGAUAAACGAGGGACGACUGUAUUACAAAACUGUGACUCUGUUCUUGAAAUAAUUUGUGUACAAUUGUACAAAGAGAAGCGUCAGACUGGACGGACGUUUCACAGCGAAAUUACAGUCCAUCCAUCCAUUCGCUUCCGCUUAUCCUUUUCAGGGUCGCGGGGGGCGCUGGAGCCUAUCCCAGCUGUCAUAGGGCGAAAGGCGGGGUACACCCUGGACAGGUCGCCAGUCUGUCGCAGGGCUCGAAAUUACAGUUUUAUUUGUAAUUUUUAAAUUCAUUGUAUUACAUUAUCAUGGUACAGGAGUCGUUCAAGAGCAAGUUUCAAAUUUUUAAAAUAUAUUAAGUAAAAAGCUGAACCAUUAAAAAAAAUUACAACUCACAGCUUCCACACUGUUGUGAAAAUAUGUUUUUAAUUGUAUAUCAUUGAAUUAAGCUCAUAAUUAUUAAUGUUACGGUUCAGGUUGUUCUCGUUACUGUUUCCUAUAAUUACAACAUUACACAUACGAACUCACUCUCUCUUCUUGGUUGAACCUUUUGUCAUAUUUGUUCCAUAAAAUGAAAACACUCAGAUUAUUUGUAUUACUGCACUUUAUCUCGAGAUGUUUAAUUGUUACACAUCAAAUGUUAAAGCAGAGAGAAAACGAGCGUAGAGAGGCUGUGGAUAAUUCUGCUGAUUGGAGAGCUAUUGAUUAGGCAGCUCUGAGGGGAGGGUUGAAAGUAAAGCCAACCAGCGAGAGGCCCCGCCUCCCACAGACCUGCUGUCACACUACAGACACUGAAAUAAAACCUCUGGACAACAA